UGCGGGUAUCCUAAAGUUUGGAGGUCGGUACGUUUAAUUUUGACAUCCCUGGUAGAAAUGGUUAAGAUCUUUUUGGCGUGACCUGUGUCAGAUCCACAUACUCUCCUGCUGGACACCUUUCCUCCGAGACUCCGCGGCCUUCGGUCCAAAGUGACGCAGUGAGAAGGGCCGAGAGGAUUCGGCAGCUUCCCUGGCUCUCCUUCUGAUCCCCUAAGGUGUCCCUUGGCGGUUCACUCGUCGGGCAGACGGCAGGCGGCGCUGUGGGGCGGAGUGGGCGGGGGAGCAUCUCGCCCGCCUGCCUGCGAGGGCGCCCGAGGCUGCUAGGGACCAGGCUCGCCAAGGACGCAGAAAUGGCGGCCUUGGGGUCCCCAGCGCGCACUCUGCGAGGCCUUCUGCGGGAGCUGCGCUACCUGAACGCGGCCACCGGGAGACCGUAUCGCGACACAGCCGCCUACCGGUACCUUGUUAAGGCUUUCCGAGCGCAUCGGGUUACCAGUGAGAAGUUGUGCAGAGCCCAACACGAACUUCACUUUCAAGCUGCCACCUAUCUCUGCCUUUUGCGUAGCAUCCGACAACAUGUAGCCCUUCAUCAGGAAUUUCAUGGCAAGGGUGAGCGGUCAGUGGAGGAGUCUGCUGGUUUGGUGGGCCUCCAGUUGCCCCGUCAGCCUGGAGGGAAGGGCUGGGAGCCAUGAUGCAGAGAAUCCUCAGAUGUUCCUUCAUUCAAGAACUUAACCAUUUCUACCAAUAUGUAUUUAUCAUUAAAUCUUUUUUAAAAUGUAGUUUUUGGUUGCUUUUCUGUAUUUUACGUUGACUGAGUAGUUAGGGAAAUAAAAUUGGAGUGAAUUUGCUGAA